AUGUACUCCCACACCAUCGACGCUCUUCCUGCCUACAACAACGACAUGCCUAUUUUCAACCUCGCCAUGACCCUGAUCUGGNGAGCUGCCGAGCUCCUUCUCUCGCUCGGCUUCAUCACUGCAUUCUCCUUCAUGGUCUGCUAUGGCUUCGGUGCUGCCAUGGACCCUAGAGAGACCACCUUCGAAGACGACUCCGAAUCCGACGUACCUUCAAAAGAGAACACAGCCUCUAUCUUGAUGUCUGCUAUGCUCAGUGGCUUCCACGUCACUUUUGUCUUCUUCGGUCUUCCGCUCUUCGGUCACGCUACCGACUCUUUCGUCAUGCGUCUCAUCUACUCCACCGCCAUCAUUGCCGCCUUGACUACCGCAGUCGCUCUCAGCACGAUUGUCGUCUACCUCGUCGCCCCCGUCGUAUCUUCCUGCUGGAACGGCAUUGCCAGAAUUUUCAGAAAGACUCCUGCACAGGACCAACAAGACAUCGAGGCUCAGCACGAGUCCGAGGCUUUCCUCGACGAGAAGAAGCUUAUUUCCGAGAUCGAGUGA